GGUGUCGUCCUCGUCGCUCAAUCAUUGUGUGCCCCUCUUGGGUCUCGUCCUGCCGUCGCCGCAGAGGAAGACGGAGACACCGUCGGAGGAGGAGCGCCAUGGCCGGCUCUGAUCUCCUCCGCCCAGAUCCAGCCACAGGGCUGGCCAUCGUGAUCAUGGGAGUCAGCGGCUGCGGCAAAUCGACCGUGGCGGCGAUGCUCGCCGACGCGCUGGGCUGCGGCUUCGUCGAGGCGGACGACUACCACUCCCACGCCAACAAAGAGAAGAUGAGCAGGGGCGUCCCGCUCACGGACGAGGACCGCCUCCCGUGGCUGGAGUCGCUGCGCGACGCCAUCCGGGAGCGCCUAGGCCGCGGCGAGGACGUCGCCGUCAGCUGCUCGGCGCUGCGGCUCAAGUACAGGGAGGUUCUCCGGCAGGGGGACAUCAGUUACAAGCCUGGGAGCUAUGAGACCUGCAGAGUCAAGUUCGUGUGUCUAGAGGCGUCGGCGGAGGUGAUCGCCGGGAGGGUCGAGCGCAGGGCGGCGGAAGGGGGCCACUUCAUGCCGGCGAGCCUGGUGCGGAGCCAGCUCGACCUGCUGGAGAUCGACGCGGCCGAGGGGAUCACCGUCGUCGACGCCACGGUGCCCGCCCACGCCAUCGUCCAAGCCACCGUCGCCCAGUUCAGGGACGAGCUGGCAUCCAUGGCGUGCUGAGAAAUUCAGUUGAAUCCAGCUGCUCUGUUUCUUAUUUCUGAAUCCAGUUUCAUGGCUGUACAAGUUAUACAAGUUUUAAAGGCUCUCCAAACACCGGAAAUUGCUUUUGGAGACGGAGCUCCGUGGAGGCCUCCAAAUGCAAAAUUCAAAAUUGAUAUUUUUAUA